AAGGCAAUCGCCGGGUGAAGUAGAUUACCAAACUUUUCGGAGUGUUUUUUUCCCUCGCGAAUCGCAACAAUUGCCCACAUUCAACUCUGCUUUAAAUCCAAAUCAUGUAUGCGUAAUUUGUGUAAACCAUAAUAAGGUGAUCUGGCUAAUAAAAUUUACGCGCAUUUUCUCUGUGAAUUGAAAACAAAAAAGUUCGGACCAUUUUGAACGCUUCGCCUGCUGUUGUACCAACGGAUCGUUUUGCUCGCUCCCGCCGCCUCGCAUCCAUGCGUCGUGCAUGUGUGUUCGUAAAGCAUUGCACAGAGCUUUUUGACGUUUAAUCUGCGCACACUACUGCACCAUCUAUAUCGAACAAGUGCGAGCAAGAGGGAAACAGAAUGCAUUCAUCCUCGUGUGCUAGAUAGAGAAAAACGAUUAAACGUCAAAACAGCAGCAGGAGGCGCCGAAAAACGUCAAAUGAACGGUACCUACUCAUCGUCAUCAACAAUCAUCGGGCAUCGAAUCGAACCGUCAUCGUCAUCCUAGAAAAGAGUGGCGGAGAAGGAAAAUGGCGCGUGUUUGCGGACGGUCCGAUUAACCGUGAAAAAUCCCUAGCAAACCGAAUCGAAUCCGGUCGGAACCGGUGCGAUAGUGAAGUGCUAUUAACGGUGCAGUGGAACGUGUCGAAAUUCGCCGGGAAAGUGCCCGAUCCGGGACGAAAAUCGACGAUUGAAUCUUUCCGGGGAGGUCAUUUCACUUGGCUGGCUUCUUUGCUGUCGUUUUCCUGUUGAUGUUGCGCGACCGUCGGUGGCGGCUAGUCGGCACCAAUACCAUCGUGCCCCGGGUCGGUUCGGGAUGACACCCACACCAUAAUCGUCCGUAGGAGGGUUUUGUUGUGAAAACGAAUGACCUCUCCCAGUUGAUAAACAGAAAGUUUGUUCUGAUGUUUUGUAAACAUGGAAUUCUGAAAGUGCAUUCGGAGGUCUGAGAGUGUUCUUAUCGCUCGGUUUUUUUUUGUCAUAUGAAAACGGGCAAGGUGUUCGGUCAAAUGUAAAAGUUAUUAAGUGCUUCGCAGUUAGCAACAUAUUGUAGGAAUUACACUGAAAAUAUCGCAUGAUUUGAGUGCAAAAGAAGAGUGCGAUUGUUCUUACGAGUAACAUGACUAACAGAGGCACAGGCGCGUUGCUCGUGUGAAGGAAGAAAGCCCCCGGGUUGCACCUUAAUGUCGGAGGCAUGGUAUCGCCCUCCAAGACGAAAUAUUCGAGGGUCGCAGCCAAUCAACAGCAGAAAACGGCUUCUUCGAAUAAAGUGAAACUCGUGAAAGGCCCGAGACCCUUGAUAUAUCACCGUUUCUACUUGGACAUCCAGCGGCACCAGCUAGCGAACGAGAUCGAAUCCACCAUCAAGGAGCUCGGCGGUAAAAUAGAAUUCUUCCUGAACAAAGAGAUCACCCAUUUCAUCACCGAUAAGGACUAUCAGCAACAACCGAGACAGCAGCAGUAUCAACAGCGGGCUACGGAAUCCGACGGAGGUCCAUCCAGUCAGCAGUAUCAGCAACUACAGCAACCGGCAACGCCGACGACCCCGCAGACACCGAGGACUCCACUUUCCUACGCCUAUCACCCGCAUCUGCAGCAGUAUCUAAACGAAGCAUCUCCCUCGUCACCAUGUGUCGGCGGUACACCGAAUCCGACUCCGUCGGCCAGCGGCUCGGCUGCUAUCAAACCAUCGUUACCCCGCAGCCGUGCGGAUGCCAUGCUCCAACGUGUCCGACAACAGCAACAGCAGCAGCACCAGCAAAAGCACAGCAGUAACAACCCGACGAGUGCACCACCGAGCAGUCCGUGCAGUCCGGCUCCGGCGAGCCACAACACAUUCCGAACGCAGCUCGAUCGCGCCACCGGCCAGCAAUCGCCGGCCCAUCUAGCCAAGUCCUGGGGUAAGCCCAUCUGGACCACCGAAUACGCGAUCAAAUUCUUCAAGAAAGUCAUCGAAACGUGCCGCGGCGGUGAGCAAGACCCGCAACAAUCGCUAGGAAAACCCGGCGCGGGAGGAACAUCCUCCACCACUUCGGACGCGCAGCGCAAAGCCGCCAACAUCCAGCAUCUCCGGGGGGAUUUCCUGAAGAUCGAAUCCUACCAGCGGCACUACCGCCCCGCGUUUCAACUGUUCAAAAAGUGGCCCGUACUGAACCUCAACACCCGGUCCAGCGCAUCGCCCUUCAACAGCGAUCGCGACCGGCACGGAGGAGCGGCAGGGAAAAGCGUGAAAACAACCACCGCGACCACUAACCAACCGAAGACCACAACCGCCCACACCACCACAACCACCACCACCAACACCAACAACACCAAUGCCCGGGCGAAGGCAACCCAGCAGCAGCAACGGUGCGGGUAUUGCGAAAUCUGCCGGAUCGAGUACGAUGUCCUGGCGAACCAUUUGGCCGCCGAAGAGCACAGUGCAUUUGUGAAGAACGAUGCCAACUUUGUGUCGCUGGAUAAACUGAUCAGUGACGGUGGAGUCGAUUUGAACACGUUUCUGACCGGGAAUCAGACGUUUGUGGAAGAAGAAGAAGAAGAAAAAGAAGUGAGUGCGAAACGGGACGCUGAAAGUGAGACAGAAAUUGGUGAAAAGGACACUGUUGUGAAAUGUAAGGAAGAAGCAAAAGAAGAAGAAGAAGAAACAGAAAAAGCAAGUGAAAGACGGGAGAAAAGUGUGAAGGAAGACAAAGAAGAAGAAAAUAUACGGAUAAAGGAACAAGUGGAACCUAGCAGGCAAGAGUCGCCAAAAGAGGUUAAAACUUAUUCGAGAAAGCUUAAAGACAAAAACCGCAUCAUCUGCGCUACCGAAGAUCCCGAAUCACACGGAUCAUCAACCAGAUCUCCUCCUGCCAAACGCACGUACGCAGGUCGAAGGCAAGCCCGUAGAGCAGCAGCACUAGCAGCACAAUCUGCACCAGCACCGACUUCGUUAGCACCAGACGACCCGCCAGCAGCCGGAAGCGCCGACAACGACGACGACGACGACCUUCCGCCGGAACCAUCCAAACCACCAACGGACGCGGCCGAAACGCAAAUGUUUGGGCGACGAUCAGCGAUCCACCAUCAUCCUCACAAUACACUGAACCAUCACAAUCAUCAGAAGGUGAAAGCGGCCCGCCAGCUCCAGCAGCAGACGAUCCUCAAUCUCAACAGCGUCGUGGCAGUUCCCGUUCCGUCGACGGUGGUAGUUCCAAAGCCACCGGCUGAUGAGAUGAAAGUGCUCAACAACGAACCAAUCAACAACGGCCCGAGCGAAAAGGAAAAGGAGAAAGAUCGUCAAUCGAAACGCGGUGCAGCGGACAGAAUGGGACUGAAGGGGUCCAGCCUCAAACCGGCGGUGGUGCAUCAUCCGGUGGAAAUGCUCGAAUGCGAAGGGCUGGAUCCGAAGAAUACCAAGAGGAUCAGUUUGGGCUUGCGGCAGAAUCCGAAGCGGGCCAAUCUGAACGAAGAUUUCACCAGUCUGCUGGACGAGACGCUCGGACCGAUGCGGAAGCCAAGAGUUCGGAGGGAAUCGGCCAAACGGGUCAACUACUCAGAACCGAGGGAAGACGAAAUCGCUUCCCAGGAGGAGAUUAUGCAGAGUAUUCUGGAAAAGACCGCCAAGGAAGCAAGUGAAAACGAAUCCAAGAAGAAGAAACCCGCAUCUCCGAAGCGACCGCUGGACGUUAAAAUCCGCGGCAUUCAGUGGCGGGCACCUUCACCGCAAGCCCGGCCACCGGUCAAGUCUCCCCUGCUCUACAAGGUCAUUGAAGAUCCCAAACCGAAGAACAAGAAACCGGCAUCUCCGACGAAGGGUUCCAAGGAAGGUAGCAGCCCUAGCAAAUCCAACAAAAAUGGACUGAUUGUGAAAAUCCGCCGAGUUCGGCAGUCUGAACUAAGUUUACUGAACGACGAAGCAGAGAAUUUCAUGUUUCCGAAGAAGGACGACAGUUCCGACGACCAGACGGACGAAGAUCGUCACACGACGUCCGAGAUGGGACCGGGAGAUUUGAGCCAGGACCUUCCGAGCAGUGAGUUGGACCACCGGAAUUCGUUGAGCAUGCGAAAACAGGCUGGCACUCCUUCGUGCAGGAAGCGGACGACGUCGAUGAAACUCCUACCACCGGAAUCGCCCAACAAAAAGGCAGCUAAGGAUUCCGAUCAGGAAGCUGCUCCGCGAUCGCGACGAGUGGCCCGUGGACCGGCAGCGCUUCUCCAGGACAACGCCGAGUAUUACAAGUUUCCUGAUCCGGGAUCCAGGUUGCGAUUUCCGGAAGCCCCCAUCCAGCCAAGCCCCGCAGCAGUAGAAAAUGAUGCCGAUAGAGCCAACGACGGCAAACAACCAUCGUCGUCGUCGUCGUCGUCGUCGAAGGCCCGUGGCAAGCGGUGUCGGGCCAAAACACCGGCACCGGCUACGAUGACCAGCAGUACCAGUCACAAGCAGCACGAACACGAUCUUCUGCUGGCGACGAGGUCAUCGCCCAGUUCGCCCUACCAGCACCAGGAGCAGCUGUCGAACUGCGGCAAAAACAUCAUCAACUACGUCAACAAGGGGAAGGAGGAUGGGAUGGGGGUGUUCCGAUGGAGUAAUUUUAGGAAAAACUGUAAGGAAAUUGAACCGUAUCGGUUCGCGUUCGAACGGGUCCCGUCGCUGGAGCCGUGGUACGAGACGUUCCAGAGACAGGACGACUGCUCGGAGAUAGUGUACGAGUACUUUGGAAAUACCGCAUACCGGAAACUGCCAUACGAGAUGGGGCCGCUGCCUCCGGUGAAGCAAAACUGCUGCAUCCUCAACUACCGGCUAAAGUCGAAAACGCCGGAAACGGCCGUUCCCGUCAGUUCUGCCAGCAGUUGCAGCAGCAGUACUUGCAGCAGUAGUGGUGGCCACAACGCAACGACAACCGCCACCUCGGGCGGCGUCGACGAUAAGCAACCGUUGGCCCUGCCGCUGAAGAAGCGGAAACUCCUCGUCGAUUCGGACCGCCCGAGGAAGAGCCCCCGAGAGCAUGCCUCAACACUGGCCAUUCUCAGUCUGCUCCAUCAGCAGCAGCAGCACAACCGACGGCGCACAUUCAGCGGAUGUUCCAGCGUGCCGAUCGUCACCACCAACCUGCCGCCGCCAAGUCCGACGCCGUCCGCCUACAGCCCGAAAAAGGCAGCCAUACAAGCGCACCACAACAGCAGUCAGGAAGCGGACUCGGCGCUGGGCGAUGAGAUACGGUCCUCGUGCGGAAGUGAUCCCGUCACGGAGAAGGAAGAUCACGGUGCCAAGAAGAUCAAGUUCGAUCCUCCAGUGAUGGAGGAUACCUUUGUGAACUACAAAGCCAUGUGCCAAGAGCUGGACGACUUUCUGAGCAGUGUGGGUAGCGAGGAGGACGAGCCGUUAUUUGGACUGCGGAAGAAGACGGUACCAAUUGGGGUGAAGCAGCCGCUGAAGCAGAACUUGGCGGAUAUUUUACGAACCUGUGAUAGGGAACCGCCACUCAGUUUGAAACAGGUCAGCCGGCAUGAAAGUAUCGUGCGGAAAAUUGUGCAGUACGAUCGGAAACCGCGACCCCUGAGUGCCGUUUCGAUCAAGUCGUUUGACGGGGGAGGAGGCGGAAACUUGGGACUGUUCCGGAAGAGAAUCAACCGAACUGGAUGGCCCAACGUGAAGAAGCGCAUUGUGACCAGGAAGCAACAGCAACAGCAGCAGCUGAAGGUGAAGAAGGAGGAUGAGGGUGAGGUGAAGAAGGAAAACGGGGAAAGUGUGAUUGUUGUGGAUGGGGAAGGAUCGAGGAAGUCAUCGACGGAGGAGUCGCAGAUCAGUGCCCUGACGGCGGAUACAACGAUGGUGAAGCAGGAAAACGAGGAAGUGGAGGAGGAGGACGAUGAGGAUGAGUUCGAAGACACGAUGACCAUGUUGGACGACGAGGAACCAAACGGGAAGAUGGAUUCGCUUCUGACGGAGGAUGAGGAAGAGGAAGGAGUCGUUGAGGUACCCAAGAAGGAAGAACGCGGACACACUCCCCUUCCUAGCAAGGUGGAAGAAGCUACUAUUCCCCGGUCGGUUAGUCGCCUCGGCAGCAGUGGCAGCAGCAGUAGUCGGGUCUUACCGAGUAGCAAGUACGUCACAAAGACCACCACCACGAUGACCCGGGUCGAUUACAACGUUCUGCCUUCGUCGUCGAGCUCAACCACCAUCGUCACCAACUCCAGCAGCGAAGCUCUCCCGGUACCAAAUCACAUCGCCACCGGAAAAGGCAGCAAAUCCACCACCAACAACAGCAGCACCUCCUGUCCAGCUACUGUGACGGUAGAAGACGACGACAAGGAGUGCGACUCGAUCAGCUCCCGGAGCAUCUUCGUGAGCGAUGACUGUGAUACGACGUCGUCCACUCUGAUCAACAUGCAGUGCAUCGAAGACCCCCUGGCCAUUCCCCCCGGAUCUCAGCGGAACAGCAGUGCAACACCGCAACCGGCCACGACGGAAGCACAGGACGAACCACCACCCGAACCACAACCGACGCGACAGUCUCGACCAGCCUCCCGCGCCCGCCAGAAUACCACCCGCCAUCUCAGCUACGGGGCGGCCGGUCCUCCCAGCAAACGGAAAUCCGACACCCUCCAACCGGUCGUUUGCCUAGAAAAGCUCAACUGUCCGACCACCAUGCGAACCCGAUCAUCCUCGCGGACUCCCGUCAAAACGUACAAACGAUCGAUAUUCACCAGCGCCCAUGUCAAUUCCUCUGGGAAGCCGCUGAAAAAGAAGAAGAAGAAGAAAAAGAAACACAAGCUCAACGGAGUCACUUCCGGGGCUUCCAUCGGUUCCCCGUCGCCCAGCUGUUCGGAAGAACUGAACUCGGCCAGCUCGUCGCUGGAGUGCGAAGAUCCGACGGCGUUGGAAUGUGAUACCCCCACGCAGCGGAAGUCCAUCAAGGACCGACCACCGACGCCGGGUCCGAUCAAAUACUCCCCGCGAAAGCUGCGGAAACCCCGAGGCAGGUGGUACAGGGAACGAUAGGAGGUAAGCCCAUGUGUAAAUCCAAAUGUGAAUGAGGUCUGUUAGUACGCUUGUAUCAGCAUCAGUUGAAUCUGGAGAACAGUUAGACUCUACCAUUAUUAGCAUACUGAUGAUAUUCUAAGGACCCCUUCCGGCGGUUCCCCGCAGCGCAUUCACACUGUUUUCAUAAUUUUGAUUCGUUGUUGACUACUAUUAUGAUGUAAAAGAAAAACCGAAUUGGGGAACGCGGAAUUGGGUGACUGAAACUGUUGUGCUUCGUUUUGGCUUUAGAACUACCUGGCAACACUGCUCUGCUGAUCGAUGUUCUUUUCUUUUUCCUUUUUAUUUAGUUUGUACUAUUACGUUUACUGUCAGUUUGAAUCCGGUUCUAAUGCUAUUUAAAUUUUAGACUGUAGUGCAAAUGUCCCCCCUCUCCCCUCCCCUCAUCCAUCCCCUCCAACUGACGUCGCUGGGUCUUAGCAGUUAAAAUAAUAGUGGCGCGAAAAAGGAUCCCAUUAUUAAGUUGUAUAUUCCUCCCACAUCCCACCCCCACCAAACGUUAAAGUAAAAUGCCCGUAGCUAAUUUAACGCAAAACACGAUAGUGUAGUAAUAAUAACAAUUGUAAAAAUAUCAGAAUUCUGCUGAGAAUACAAGUAAAAUCCAAUUAGGAAUUUAGGAACGGAAAUCAUUUUAAAUUAUAACCAUACAAAGCAGGAGAAAACGAAAAGAAAACCCACUGUACUCUUGGACAAAUGAAAAGAAAACAUUGAAACAAAACAAAAAAAAACUAUCUUCGAUCAUAAAGUGUAAUAAAGGAGAAAAGAUGUUCAAACAAAUUAAAAACA